UCGGGAUGGAUGGCCUGCCGGGUUUCUCCGCGGAGGCGGCGGUCGCCGGUUGUGAGAGUGAAGCAGGAACGCGCGUAUGGGCUUCCUACGCGAUUCGGUGAUUCGUUCCUCAUCGAAAACUGUAGGAAGGCGAAACUCGAGCCUAGGGCUAUUAAUGCCGAUUUCGAAGAAGAAUGUGUUGUCGCCGAAAACAGAGCGUGCCGGAAUAUGAAACCAAUGAAAAAUUCUCUUUCGCCGAGCGGUUUGACGUUUCUUCAUGAAUCGUCGGUGGAUUUAGAUGAAUCGGCGAGGAAUGUAUCUGCUGAUAAAAUGGAACAGGGAGAAGAUGUUCACUCCUCCAUGAAUUUGACUUCGGGGGAUGUCAUCUGGGCUAAGCCAGGAAAGAGAUAUCCCGCCUGGCCAGCUAUCGUUGUCAACCCAAUGCGACGAGCUCCUGAGUCAGCUUCUAAUUCCUUCAUCGCUGGAACCAUUUGUGUGAUGCUGUAUGGGUAUUCUGAAAGUGGAGAUCGGAAGUAUGAAUUGUUGAAAGAAGAUAUGGUUUUUCCAUUUAUAGACAAUGUGGACAGGUUCCAGGGGCAGACAGAAUUGUAUAACAGGAGGCCGUCUGAGUUAAGGUUGGCGAUAGAGGAGGCUUUCCUGGCUGAGAAUGGUUUUAUGGAAAUGGAGGUGGAUGGGAUGGAGAUGUCCUGGCAGCAGACAAGUCCUCGUGAGUCUUUCUAUGGCGAGUUUCAAGAGGCGACAGGCUCUAACCAUGAUCGGGAAUUCUUACAGGAUGUUGACUAUCCUGGUCUUCACUGUGACAGUUAUGUGGUUGGCCUUCCAGUGGUAAGCCUAAAGAAUGUGAAUGGUGAUCUUGAAGGCUCAGUGUCUCGGAACUGCAUGAAGCUUUCAGAGAAAAACCACACCAAGCUGAAGAACCUGGAAGGUGGUGCUUAUUUAUCUCCUGAAUGCAAGUUAAAGCAUAAGUUUGAUUUACUAGAAUCAGUAAGGAAUAAUGAGCAAGUUAGACAAUUGCAAGUUUCUCCGCCACAGAAGAUUGUCGUUUGCUGUUAUGGUAUGGAGGGGACGUACUUAGCUGAGCAACAUGUGGUGAUAUGUCAUUGCAGCACUUGCGAGGGAAAAAAAGCUACACUUAGUGAAUGGGAGCGUCACACAGGUUGUAGAAGUAAAAAAUGGAAGAGUAGCGUCAAAGUUAAAAGUACCAUGACGCCACUGGGAGAAUGGAUUGGACAUAACCUUACCAAGACGAUUCCAGCCAAUCAAGUUAAACAAAUGUCUCUUAAAGAGAGAGAACAAAAUCUAUUUGCUUUGUUGCAGGAAGCAUAUGAACCGGUGUAUCCUAAAUGGACAACUGAAAGAUGUGCAAUUUGUAGAUGGAUUGAGGACUGGGAUUAUAAUAAAAUCAUUAUUUGUAUCAGAUGUCAGGUAGCUGUCCAUCAGGAAUGCUAUGGGAUAAGAGGAGAACGAGAUUUUACAUCCUGGGUUUGCACAGCUUGUGAAACUCCUCAACAUAACAAGGAAUGCUGUCUGUGCCCUGUAAAAGGUGGCGCGUUGAAGCCAACCGAUGUUGAUUCUUUGUGGGUUCAUGUUACUUGCGCCUGGUUUCAGCCCACUGUUUCUUUUGCAAAUGACCUUACAAUGGAACCUGCUGUUGGCAUAUUGAAUAUACCGCCACAAUCUUUUAUGAAGAGAUGCGUAAUAUGUAAGCAAGUGCACGGUUCAUGCGCGCAAUGCUGUAGGUGUUCAACCUAUUAUCAUGCAAUGUGUGCCUCAAGAGCAGGAUAUCGCAUGGAGUUACAUUGCUUUGAGAAGAACGGAAUACCAACAACAGAUAAACUAUCAUUUUGUUCGUUUCACAGGGCACCUAACCCAGACACUGUUUUGGUUAUACACACGCCUUUGGGUGUUUUCUCUAGCAAAAGGUUGCUCAAGAAUAAUGACAAAAAAUCUAGUUCGCGGUUGAUAAGGAAAGUUGCUCCUGUCAAUUCAGUGUUACUUGGCAAUAAGUCUAAUCCCACGGAUGUUGCAAGAUGCAUAGCUUAUGACAAGGUGCAAACUCAGCAAAACAGAGAACAGGCCAUUCCACAUCAAGUGAGGGGUCCGCUGCAUCAUUCUUUAGAUGCAAUUGAAAGUUUGAAUGCAUCUAAGGAUGAGAAGAAUUCAUUUUCAACGUUCAGGGAGCAGCUCCGUUAUUUGCAGUUGACUGAGAGAAGUAGAGUCUGUUUUGGCAGAUCUGGAAUACAUGGGUGGGGCCUAUUUGCUUGCAGAAAAAUUCAAGAAGGAGAAAUGGUACUUGAAUAUCGGGGCGAGCAGGUGAGACGUAGUGUUGCUGACUUGAGGGAGACCCGGUACCGGUUGGAAGGAAAAGAUUGCUAUCUUUUUAAGAUGAGCGAUGAAGUAGUUAUUGAUGCUACAAAUAGAGGGAACAUAGCACGCUUGAUCAAUCACUCUUGCAUGCCCAACUGCUAUGCAAGGAUUAUGAGCGUCGGCAAUGGUGAGAGCCGAAUUGUUCUCAUAGCCAAAACAACUGUUUCUGCCGGCCAUGAGCUGACCUAUGAUUACUUAUUUGACACUGAUGAAAGCGACGACCGCAAAGUCCCCUGCCUGUGCAAAGCUCCAAAUUGCAAAAAAUUCAUGAAUUAAGGUUAGCUGUACAUUCCACAGUAAUCUCUUGCAAUUCUUUAGGGAGAUUUAUUUCGUCAACUUUGCUGUCUAUUUAAAAGCAAAGAUGGUUCAAUUCCUUAUAGUUUUAGAAUCUGUUUGGAGCAGCUGCAGCUUAUCCAGCUCAUUCAGAUAGAUUAUCAUUCUUUUUAUAGUGAGAGCACUAAUCUUCUAUUUGAUCGAUUCUAGCGUAGCACAGCACCAUAUUUUUCAUUAUAGUAUUUGUUUCAUUCUUUUUCCAGAACUAGUGAGCCCAUUUUUACAAACAAUUCUGGGUUUUUUACAUCCUUUUAUACCUUUUCUGUAAAUU